CCGGUGCACUGUGUUGUUUCAAGAUACUUUUUGUGAAGAUUCAAUAUUUUGUCGAAUUGAGGGUAUACGAAAAUUUUAAAAUAAACCAGUAUGGAACUUACUGAUGACAAUUUACUAACACUUCGUGAAUAUCUAAAGCAUACACUUAGCCCAGAUGUAAAUGUUAGACGACCAGGUGAAUAUAACCUCUUUGAAGAAGAUUCUAUAGAUCGUAUACAUGCACAAGACAGAGAAGCUAUAAAAAAGUUAAUUGUUAACUUAAUGUUGCAUUCUCCUGAUUCCAUCCAAAAACAAUUGUCUGAUGCUGUUUCAAUUGUUGGAAAGUAUGACUUUCCAAAUAAAUGGCCAGAACUCAUAGAUCAAAUGGUUGAAAAAUUUAAUACAGGGGAUUUUCGUGUUAUCAAUGGUGUCUUGCAUACUGCACAUUCUUUAUUUAAAAGAUACAGAUAUGAAUUUAAGAGUCAGAGCCUGUGGACUGAAAUUAAAUUUGUAUUGGAUAGAUUUGCUAAACCUUUGACAGAUCUAUUUGUUGCUACAAUGAAUUUAACACAAGUACAUGCAAACAAUGUAGAUGCACUGAUUGUUAUAUACAGUUCUUUGGUAAUCUUAUCCAAAGUAUUUUAUUCUCUUAACUUUCAAGAUUUACCAGAAUUUUUUGAAGAUAAUAUGGAAGUGUGGAUGAGGAAUUUUCAUACAUUGUUAAACGUCAAUGUUCCUGCCCUUCAAUCUACUGAUGAAGAAGAAGCAGGGAUAAUUGAACAAUUAAAGUCACAAGUCUGUGACAAUAUUGGCCUUUAUGCUCAGAAAUAUGAUGAAGAGUUUCAACAGUACUUACCUGAGUUUGUAACUGCUGUGUGGAAUCUACUAACAUCUACGGGACAACAACCAAAAUAUGAUACUUUAGUUUCGAAUGCUUUACAAUUUUUAGCCACAGUGGCAGAUCGUGCUCAAUACAGAAAUUUGUUUGAGGAUCCAACUACUCUAAGUAGUAUUUGUGAGAAAGUUAUAAUACCUAAUAUGGAAUUUGUGAUGUUACAAAAUUAUGCUGAAAAGCCUAUUGAAAAUUGGCGGAGUAAAGAUGCUGCAAUUUAUCUAGUCACCAGUAGUGCAAGCAAAGCUCAAACGCAAAAACAUGGUGUUACACAAAGUAGUGAGCUCGUUCCAUUACCUCAAUUUGCAAUGCAACACAUAGAACCAGAAUUACUAAAACCAAAUGUGAACGAAUUUCCUGUGCUUAAAGCAGAUGCGAUUAAAUUUCUAAUGACCUUUAGAUCAGUAUUACCGAGAGAAAUGAUACUCGGCAGUUUACCACAACUAAUUAGGCACUUAAAUGCUUCGAAUAUUGUUGUUCAUACGUAUGCUGCUUGUGCGAUUGAAAAAAUACUCGCAAUGAAAGGACCUGAUAAUUUACAUUUAGUUAAAGGAAAUGAUUUAUCGCAAUUGACAGCGGAUUUAUUAAAGGGUUUAUUUACAUGCUUAACUAUACCUGGCUCGGAAGAGAAUGAAUACGUAAUGAAAGCUAUUAUGAGAAGCUUUGGUAUUCUGCAAGAAGUGAUUGUACCAUUUUUAGCAGAUAUUCUUCCGAAGCUCACCGAAAAACUUGCCAUCGUAUCCAAAAACCCAAGUCGUCCUAACUUUAAUCACUAUCUAUUUGAAACAUUUGCUUUAUCAAUUAAGAUCGUUUGUAAAACACAUAAAGUAGCAGUUUCAUCAUUCGAGGAAGCGCUAUUUCCAAUAUUCCAAGAAAUUUUGCAACAAGAUGUUCUAGAAUUUCUACCGUACGUUUUUCAAAUUCUUGCUUUACUUCUGGAGUUACGAACGACGCAAGAUAUUCCAGAAGCGUAUUUGGCCUUAUUCCCUUGUCUACUAUCAUCCGUGCUAUUUGAACGUCAAGCUAAUAUUCAUCCACUAAAUCGAUUACUACGAGCUUUUAUUAGCCACAGUGCACACCAUAUAAUAGCACAAGAUAAAAUAAAUGGUUUACUAGGAGUAUUUCAAAAACUGAUUGCUUCAAAAGCUAAUGACCACGAAGGUUUUUUGUUACUGCAAAGUAUUAUCGAGUAUUUUUCACCAAACGUACUGGAGCCAUUUAUGAAACAAAUCUUUGUAUUGCUAUUUCAAAGACUUUCAUCAUCAAAAACAACAAAAUUUGUAAAAGGUCUGAUCGUAUUUUUUGCUUAUUAUAUCAUUAGAUAUGGUUCAAAUAAUUUGGUUACAAUUAUAGAUCAAAUACAGUCUCGAAUGUUCGGUAUGGUUAUAGAACGUGUGUUAAUAGCAGAUCUACCGAAGGUAUCAGGUGAUAUCGAACGAAAAGUAACAGCUGUCGCAAUGUCAAAUUUACUAAUUGAUUGUCCGGCCAUGCUAGAAAGGCCGUAUAAUACAUAUUAUCCUCGUUUAUUAGCGACAUUAGUAGAAUUUUUCGAAUUACCUCCAGAUCAGAGUACCUUAGCCGAAGAUAAUAUUUUCCCAGAAACUGAAGAUAUGCCUGGAUACCAAGUAGGAUACAGUCAAUUGCUUUGUGCAAGAAAUCCACCGAAGGAUCCUUUAGAAGCUGUUGGUGAUGUACGUUUACAUUUGGCACAAGGACUAGCAAGAUUAUCACCGAGACAAUUGCUUAAUAUUCUCGAUCAAAUUCCGGAACCUAAUGCAAAUCAUCUGAGGAGUUACCUUCAAACGGUUGGAAUUACCGUUGCAUAAUACAAG